CUCCUUUUUUCAAAAACCUCUCAGAAAAACGUCCCUUCCCAAACCGCGUCGAAAAUGGCGGGGGCCCUGGCGGUCGUCGCCGGCGAGCGGCUGCCGGAGAGCUCCGCCGUCGCCUCCACCGGAGGCCACUGGGAGGUACGCUUCUCUCGGUUCUUCCCCCUCGCUUCCCGCCCGUCCGCGUGCCCCUCGCUCGCCCCUCUCCGCGACUCCGACCGCCGUCGCCUCUGCCCCUCCGGCGGGACCUGGCUCUCGUCCUCCUCCAAGGCUUCGCUGCUGCUUCACCCCGGUCCGGCCGCGAUCAUCACCGUCUGCUUGGGCGGGAAGUUGCUCGAGCAGCAUUUCGUUUCCAAAUUGCAGUUCUUCAGGCCGCAGUUGUCAUUCAUGCCUGAAUUUCCGGCAAUGGCUAGCAGAGCUGUCCUUGUGAGCUACAGGGAUUGCAGGAAUGAGAUCCAGAAAUUUGCCUUGAGAUUUUCAACUACUUAUGAAACUGAUUCAUUCACAAAUUCUUUAAAGGAGAUCUUGAAAGAUGCCACUGAAAUUGAACUGCAAAAUACUCACAUGGCAUCUCAAAUAUCUGCGCAGUCUGAGUUCACAUCCUAUUCUCCAUACAGAGUUCAGGAGGAAAACGAUACUGUUUCUUGCAUUGGCAUUCAGAAUCCUGGAAACUUAUUGAUCUUGGAGAACGAGUCUCAACAGCUCUCUUCAAACAAGGAAACUGCUUAUGAUCGUGAUGCCGAUAAUGGCCUUGCAUCCUUUCCUCCAAGCUUCACAUCAUUUCUGAAUAGUUGUUGCGUUGACCGUGAACAAGCUACGGCACAAUCAACUAUACCUGAAGUAGUCGACAUCAAAUCUCAGAUCAUGAAAUACAUGGAAGAUUCUGAAUUCCAAGAGAUGUUGAUUAGAGUGGACAGCGUCAUCAAUGAAAUUGGAGUGUGAUUUCUCAUCGCGAUUGUCACGGCUGUUGAUAUCCUUAGCGAGGCAUCUGAUACCUUGGCCGCCAUGGUGGGUCUUGAACCUAGCAGUUAACCCUCUAGAGUGUACGUCUCAUUUCCAUUUUUUCAGCGAUUCCUUUUUGCAGUAUAAUGCUGUAAAACACCUGGAGAUAUUCAAAGUCAUUCAGGGGCAAAUUGUUUCUUACGUAAACUCCGGUUCCCCUGGUUACUGGUUGGAAUUAUAUUGGGCGAUUUCAGCAUGCCACAAGGACUGCCUGCUGAAAGCCCCAAGUAUAGUGAGCUUUGGUUAAUGCUUGACUUGGCUUUUCUCCUCGGCGUUGUGCAUUUUGUCCGUUCUGCUCUUAGACUUUGGCGUCGCAUCCGCCUGUCUGGGGAACAAUACGAUGAUGAUGUCUCAUUCUUAUUUUUUGAA